UUGGGGUUAAGAACUCGAGGUAAAAGCGACUGCUGAAUUAAUUUCUAUAUUACAUCCUUUCUUAUUAUCUGUUUUCAUAUAUUUAUCUGUACAUACAAGAAAAGGAACGGAAACUGUAACUGAAAGAUACAAGUUUGAACAGAUAGAAUAUUCAUCAUAUCAAUUAUUUACGAUAUUAUGAAGUAUGAUUUAUGCAUAUAUAAAACUAUAAGGUUUAUUGAGUUUGAAUAGAUGAAAACUGUUGACUAUACCAGUAUAUAUAUUUAAAAAAUAUAUCGCAAAUCUUCGAUGCAGGACGUAAUUAUGUUGUUUUUUGUCUUUUUUACAAUUUUAGGCAUCAAGAAACCCAGAUGCAAAAUUCGCGCGAAUACAGAACACGUACAAGUUUUAGAUUGUCAUAUCUGUGUAAACAAUACUACGAAUAGAAGUUAUUUGAAAGGAAUCUUAUUAUGAAUAAGAGGUCAUAUUUGUGACCAAAAUAAGUAUAUACUGGUUAACAUUUGACAAUGCACACUGGAGAAGAAUAUAGAUGUGGAGUCUGUGAAGGAUCAUUUGCUAAUGAACAAACUCUUAAAAAACAUAUGAUAAUACACACCAGUGAUACAAGUUUUCAAUGCGAAAUCUGUGAAAAAUCAUUUUCUCAUCAACAUUAUUUGAAAGAGCAUUUAACAAUACACACAGGAGAAAAACAAUAUGAAUGCAAAAUAUGUGACAAAUCAUUUUCUCGAAAUAAAUAUCUUAAACGACAUAUGAGAAUUCAUACAGGAGAGAAAAAUCAUCAAUGCAAAAUCUGCGAUAAGUCAUUUUCUAUAAAAAGUACUUUUGACAGACAUAUGAGAGCACAUACGGGCGAGAAGAAAUACCGAUGUAAAAUAUGUGACAAAUCAUUUGCUGAUAACCAUACUUUCCAACGACAUAUGACGAUACACACAGGCUUAGGGAAAUAUAAAUGUGAAAUAUGUGAAAAAUCCUAUCCACAUUUUAAUUCUCUAAAAUUACAUAUGGCGAGACACACUGGAGUGAAAUUUCAAUGUGAAAUAUGUGAUAAAACAUUUACUCAAAACAGUAAUCUUAAAAGGCAUUUGAUUACACACACCGGAGAAAAGAAAUUUAAAUGUGAUACUUGUGACCGUUCGUUUUUUCACAAAUCUUUACUUAUAUCACAUAUGAUUAUUCAUACUGGAGAAAAGGAAUAUAAAUGUGAUAUUUGUGACCGUUCGUUUUCUCAUAAAACUAUCCUUAAAUCACAUUUGAUUACACAUACAGGGGAAAGAGCAUAUAAAUGUGAAAUCUGCGACAGAGCAUUUUCUAGAAAAGGUUCUCUUGAAAUACACGUGGGGACACAUACUGGAGAGAAGAAAUAUCAAUGCAGUAUGUGUGAAAGGUCAUUUAAUGCAAGUAAUAAUCUUAAAACACAUAUGUUACUACACACAGGAGAGAAGAAAUACAAAUGUGAAAUAUGUGACAAAGCAUUCGCUCAAAAACGUUAUCUUAGUAGACAUAUGAAAAUACAUUCAGAAGAAUGUAAAAAAUGUGUGCGAAAAUCUGUGACAGACGGUUUACUCAAAAAAGCUAUCUUGUCGCACAUAUGGCAAUACAUACAGGAGAGAAGGAAUACAAAUGUAAAAUUUGUGAAAAGUUUUUUGCCCGACACAUUUAUCUUAAAGAACAUAUGCUGA